AUGGUAAGUUGCACAUUACAGUAUACUUUAAAGUUAGUUGAUUUUGGGUAUGUCAAUUGGGGACUAUAUAUUGUGCCCUAUGACGACUUUAUAGGAUAAGUGUGAGAAUUUGUAAAUUUUUGAGUAAUUUUUGUUGUUUUAGUUUGGUUGGAUUCACGAGAGCUACCGUCAGUUGGUUACCAGGAAAUAUGGCAGAGACACCUGGCUAAAGAUACUGUAAGAAAUUAAACGUAAUAUUGAUAACUUUUUUUUCAAAAAUUAUAUGUAAAUUAUGUUUACUUCAGAGAGAUAGCCAAGUUCGAAGAUGGAACAGAAAGAGAAAUCAACAAGAACUACAAGGAUGAAGACACUUUCCGAUUGGUAGCAGCUAUGGGAUCUGUUAUUGGUAAUAUCUAUUUGAAUAUGCACUUAUUUUAUGGACAUUUACAUAAAAAAACAAUGUAUCAGCUACAUAUACUAUUUCUUACGGUGUCAAACGGUAACUUAACUAAAUUAGUGUUGUAGGUAUUCCGAUAGAGGAAGUAUGGGAAGCAUACGGUGGAUUUUUGAUUCAAUUCACUAUGGAAACGGGCUGGGACGAGCUUCUACGAGCAAUGUCACCUGACCUCGAAGGCUUCUUGGACGGUCUAGAUUCUCUGCAUUAUUUUAUCGACCACGUGGUCUACCGUACCAAACUGAAAGGACCAUCGUUCCGUUGUGAAGUUCAACAAGAUGGAUCUCUGCUGUUACACUACUAUUCCAGACGAUCUGGGCUAUAUCCAAUUGUAAAAGGUGUGAUCCGAGAAGCUGUGAGGAGGAUCUUUGACACAGAAGUCAUCAUGAAAGUGCAGGAACGGAAGCAAGAACAUGGGGACUCGCUGAUCACGGAACAUGUUGUUUUCAGUAUCACACAGGUAUGUUGUAGUACAAAAUUAUAUUUUAUCGUUAUUUGAUUAAUUAACUUUUUAUAAAAUUUUCGAUCUUUUUUACAAUAAUUAUUAUACUGUAUUUAGAUUGAAAACAGUUCAGGUCAACCGACACGAUCAAUCGCCAGCAAAUCAGCUUCUGGCGGGGCUGAGAUUGUUAAUGUAAGUUACAAUACUAUCUUUCGAGUUAAUAUUUUUUAUUAUAUUAUAACACAAUAUGUAACUAUUAUCUUUGUAAGGAAUACGUAUUAUAACCGUAUAAUUUUUAAUAAAAUAUUUUGAAAAAUACAAAUUAUGGAAAAAAUUUAGAGCGCAGGUCAAUACCCAAUAAAAAUGGUAGAUUUCUGCAACGCUUUCCCACAUCACUUCUGUUUCGACCGUGAUCUCGUCAUCGAACAUGUAGGUAUUCACAUGAAGAAGACAUUCCCGUUCAUAAAGAAGGGCGAGACCAAACUAACUGACAUUCUCCACCUCACCCACCCUGAAAUACCUUUGAACUUCGACUCUAUCAUGACAUUCCGUAACAGUAUGUUUGUGUUUCAAAUGAAAGACAAUGCUGGGCCAAACGCUGAGCCAACUUCAGUCGACUUGGCCAUAAGUCAGUUCCCGAUCACAUUGAAAGGAGCCAUGAUCAGUGUGGACAACAACAACUACUUGGUGUUCAUGUGUUCCUUAAACGUCACUUCUAUCAGGGAACUCAUGGACAGGAACCUGUACAUAUCCGACAUCCAGCGACACGACUCGACCAGGGAUCUGAUCAUGUUGAACCAGUCCAGGAUGUCACAAGUGGAGUUAAAGUAAGUCAUUUCUAUAAUAUAAAUAGGAUUUUUACUCAUAUUUAUUACAAUGUUGUCAGAAAUGUUAUCCUGUACUGACACAACCUAUGACAGUACAGUACUAAGAUAUAUUUUAGUCGCCGCUUGGAAGAAACAACUCGUAACCUGAAGAAGAUGGCUUCAGAAUUAGAAACCGAAAAACAGAAGACAGAAGAACUACUUUGUGAACUGAUGCCGCCUUCCGUAGCCGAAAGUCUGCGGCAGGGAUCCACGGUAGAAGCUUCUGAAUUCCAGGAUUCAACUGUGCUGUUUACUGACAUUGUCACAUUUACAAACAUCUGUGCAAUGUGUACACCGUACGAUGUUGUCAACCUUCUAAAUGAUUUGUACUUAAGGUUCGAUCGACUGGUCGGUUUGGUAAGGUGUUACUAUAGCUUUUUUUUCAAUUCAAAUCUGAGAUUUUUACUUAUUUUUAUUGUUAUUGUUAAGUGUUAUAUUUUUUACACUACUUUUUUAUUUUUUCAUAUUGUACGAUAUUUUACUGUAAGUUAACCAAAUAUUAGCAAAAAUGGAAACUUCAACUUUCAGCACGAUGUGUACAAAGUCGAGACUAUUGGGGAUGCGUAUAUGAUAGUAGGAGGAGUGCCUCAAGAAUGUGUUAACCAUGCCGAGAAAAUACUCGACAUCUCAAUCGGAAUGUUGAUGGAGUCCAAGUCUGUAGUCAGUCCAAUAAACAAGAAUCAAUCGAUCAGGAUCCGUGUAGGUGUCCACAGUGGCCCUGUUGUCGCGGGUGUAGUCGGAGUAAAGAUGCCACGCUACUGUCUCUUUGGGGACACUGUAAACAUUGCCAACAAGAUGGAAUCGCAAGGAAUACCGUGCAAGAUCCAUGUAAGUAGCCACACUCGCACCCGCGCCCUCCAAACGAACUCGGGCUUCAGCUUUACGGAACGAGGAUUGAUUGAUCUGAAGAUGGGCAAAGAACCCGUUACCACCUAUUUCCUGGAGAAGAACGAGAGAAAGAGCGUGUGGGAACUGUGCGACAGAGAACGGGCUACAGAACACACUUUGGACGGCUAUUUGGAGCUACACUCAGAAGCCGUGGAACAGAAGAAUGGUGUCAACGAGCACAAAGAGAAGGUACGCGAUUAAUGUAGUCUUUCCCACGUUUGUAAAUUAAAAUUCUAUUUUUCUAUUGCAGUUUUAAUUACUUUGCAAAUCACCUUAUCAAAGCCUUCCAAUAUUACUGUAUCGUCAAUCCAAUUGAUUUUUGAAAGUUCAAUAUAAAAAUGUUGAUUAUAAUUCAAAUUUUUGAAAGUAUGAACUGUUAUUGAUCUACUAAACAUUGAUUUCUGAUCCAUAUUACUAUACCUCAUUAUUUCAGGACCUGGAAAGCUUCUCCUCGGCGGGAGGAUUAUGUUCAGCCACCUGUCGUCUAAUGUAA